GGCCCUGCGGGGGCGGAGGAGGCGGAGGCCGCCUCGAAGCCAUGGCCAGUUUCUCGCGGGCCCCGCAGCAAUGGGCGACUUUCGCUCGAACAUGGUAUCUCUUAGAUGGAAAAAUGCAACCCCCCGGUAAGCUUGCCCACAUGGCAGCAACAAGGCUCCAGGGGCUGCACAAACCAGUGUAUCACCAGCUCACUGACUGCGGAGACCACGUGGUCAUAAUUAACACAAGACACAUCGCAUUUUCCGGAAACAAAUGGGAGCAGAAGGUGUAUUCUUCCCACACUGGCUACCCAGGGGGUUUCCGACAAGUGACAGCAGCCCAACUUCACCAAAAAGAUCCAGUAGCCAUUGUCAAGCUGGCCACGUACGGGAAAUUACCCAAGAAUCUACAUAGAAGAAUUAGGAUGCAAAGGCUACACCUUUUCCCAGAUGAAGACGUUCCAGAAAGCAUUCUUAGGAAUCUAGUGGAAGAACUCGACCAGCCCCGAAGAGUGCCUAAAAGGUUGGAUGAAUAUACAAAGGAAGAGAUUGAAGCCUUCCCCAGAUUAUGGACGCUACCUGAUGAUUUCCGGUUUCAGUAGGAAGACGAGAGAAACCUCAUUAAAGAAGGUGCCUCCGGAGAUUUCUUUCCUUUCAUGACUUUCACAAACUCGAAAACAUAGAUGAACCUGGGGCAAAACGAAGAUUCAAGAGAAGAGAAGACAUAAGGAAGAGAUAUUUCUUCAAUACACAUAGUAAACAAAGCAUUUCUACCCAUCAUUGUUCCAUUCUGUGUACCUACAGGUUGACGUGAAUAAAAAAAAAGGUUCUUGUGAA